AUGGAAUUGUCAAAUAAUACAUUUAUUGUUGAUAAAUGUCAAAGAGAAUCAAUAGAUACAUCGAACUAUUGUCAAGAUAUUCUUUCUAAUGAUCAUUUAAAAGAACAUGUUGAACAAUGUCAACUUGAAUCAUUAUGCAUAGCCAAUGAUAUUCAUCAAGUUUCGGAUCGUCUUAACAAAAUAAUAAUAGAUGAACCAAAAUUUGUAAAAAAUUUAGAAGAAUGGCGUAAUGAAGCUCAUGAAUUGAUUGAUAAAUUUUGCAAAUUAAAACAUGAUGAAUAUAUAUUAAUAAUAAAAGAAGAAAUAGAACAAUCUCAAGAAAGAAUAUCUUCAUUAAGUUGUGAUCAAGAUGCAUCCGAAGAUUAUAUUGAAUGGGUUAAAUAUACAAUUCAAUCAAUAAAUGAACAACUUAAUCAACUUGAACAAAUUCAACCAAAAUUUUCUCGAUUAAAACUCGAUGAAUCAUUAAUUGAUAUUCGAUCAAUUAAAUAUAAGUUAAAAGAUGAUCUAUCUCCAUUAAAAGAUCUUUUUUCUAGUUCAUUAUCAUCAAAUGAAUUAACAUAUAAUUCAUUAUCAAUGUCAACAUCGAAUUUCGAAUUAAAUCAAUCAGAAAAUAAUUGUUUAUUUGAUUUAAAAUCUCCAAAAGAAAAAGUAAAAUUUCAAUGUGAUUAUUGGUAUUCAUUAUCUCGAAAUGAAACACAUAUAAUAUUAUGUGAAAAAUCAAACUUAUAUUUAAUUGAUAAAUCUUUAAAAAUUUCUAAUAAAAAAUCUAAUUUGAAUAUUUCUAUAAAAGAUAUAUGUUGGUCAAAAAUUCUUUCUCGAUUUAUUUUAAUAACAUCAACAAAUAUCUAUACGAUUGAUGAUAAACUAAAAUCAUUAGAAUUGUCUCCAAUUAAUUUAAUAAACAAUUAUAAAUGGGAACGUGGUACAUGUUCAGAUACAUCAUUAUUUAUUUCAACAUUUGGUGAUUAUCCUUUUAUUCUUGAAUAUGAUUUAUUACCAACAAUACAAUUAAAUAAACGAUGGCAAACAUCAAUUAUUUGUCAAGAUAAUGAGAUAAUAAAUGAUAUUAAAUCCCAAGAUAUUGAUCUUGGAUUAAUUAUUCAGAAUGAUAUUACAAAUCAAACUCGUCUUGAAAUUCGUUCAAUUAAAAGUUUUCAAACUAUUUUUUCAAUUGAUAUUGGUCAAGGAUGGUCUUAUAGAUGUUCACCUUAUACUAAUCGUUCUUGGAUUGUUGUAGAUGCUUAUUUUAAUAGAUUUAUUAAAAUAAAUAAUAAUGGAACAAUUGAUAAUAUUAAUUCUUAUCCAACAAAACUGUUUAAUAUCAUUUAUUGGUAUGAUAAUCAAAUAGCAAUACGAACUUCAAAAUAUCUUAACAUUCAUCAUUGUCAAUGA